CCUUAGCCAAGCAUAACACAGUGGGACUCUGCUGUUUGUAUGGCAAAGAUGGAUACUAGCUAACUGCCAAGCUGUAAUGUGCUGUUAAUAGCUGGAGAAACGCGUUGUCAAAUAUAUGUCCGAGUAUCACUCAGUAUACUGGACUCAACAUUAAUUUCCUGUUUUGCGACUCUCGAGUCUACCGGUUUGUAGACAGCUAUGGGUGGGCUGGGAAAUGGACGUCGAGGAGGAAGAUCACCCCCUCUAAUGAUUGGUGCCCUAAUUGCCUGUAUCCUCGUUCUGGGCUUUAACUACUGGGUGUCAAGCUCCCGCAACCUGGAGCUACAGACUAAGCUGUAUGAGUUAGAAGGCCAGGUGCGCCGUGUGGCAGCAGAGCGAGGGGUAGUUGAGAUGAAGAAGACUGAGUUCCAGGAGGAGAUCCAGAGGCAGAAGGAGCAGAUCAGCCACAUAGAAAGCCUCUUCAAGAGACAGCUGGAAGGAUCUCAGAACACCUGCAGCCAAGAGAAGGGCACACUGCAGCAGAACAUUUCCUCUAGUACCAAAACCAUACAGGAACUCAAAGGUCAGUUGAAUCAGCUGAAUGACGACCUGGGGAUGUUUCAGAAGGAGCUGCAGAGUUGCCAAGGCAGCAUCAAAACCCUCAACAACAAACUCACUUACGACAUGACCCACUGUCACUCCCAGGUUCUUUCCCAGAAGGAGUUGUGUGAUGAGAGAGUGGCAGCUGCUAAACUUGAAGUACAGAAGAAAAUGGAGAAGCUUAUCCCUCCUCCAGGUGCCUCCUCACAGCAGGAAAAUGCAGUGGAUGGACCAGCAAAAGACGAUGGACCAGUCAUGACUGUGGCUGAUGCUGUGAAGACCGCAACUGUUGUAAGCCACACACCAAGCAUCUCUCAGUCCAAAGGAAAUGAUCCACCCGAGCUACUGACCAAUGACAUCAUUGUGGACAAAGGUCCUGAUGCCCCAGUAUACCUGCCUCCAGAGAAGGAUCUCUCCAAAGUAGAGUCUCAGCCUGUUCCCUCAGCGACUGCAGCCAAGCAGGACAUUUUGUCACCACCAGAGGGAGCUGUUGAAGGAGAGAAGGGUGAGGCAGAGACCAGUAAACCUGUGAAGAAUAACCUGACUGAGGACAACGAGUUGGAAGUGAUGGAUGUUCAUGAAGAGGGUGCUCAGACAGAAGAGGCAGACCCUGGGAUGGAAGGCAUGCUGAUUGGCCGGGCGAAGGCAGACGAGACACCUAAUGGUCAGAAACUUGAGGAUCCAGAUGAAUAUGAAACAGAUGAUCAAGUCGUGGGUGGAGUCAGUAUGGAGAAACAACAGCAGAGUAAACUGGCUGAAAAUAUAGACAAGGACAUGGAGGAUGAGCUGGCUGACUAUAACGGAGACGAUGAGAACGAAGGCGAGUUUGAAGCAGACAAACAAGCUGAGCUUGCUCAAAUCUAAGUGCUGGAGCUGGAGAAGGAGCCUGCACACCACAUAAGGAAGCAGGAUCCCUUAUACACCUCAGCACAACCACACCAUACAGGUUAAUGCAGCCCUCCCAACACAGUAAACACAAACAAACCCAGAUGGAAAUCUAUAAGAAAGACUUGUGACAUCACAUUGGGUUAGAUCAUAACCAUUUGUUUCCUGGAAUGUCUUUUAUUUGUCAUCGUAAUUGGAUGCUGUAUAUUUGAUUACAUGUUGUCAGAUAUUUUAUCAGUCGGGAUCAUCACGUUUUAAAUUUUGGAAAUGAAUGAAAAUAUGCAAAUAUCAGCCAGGCAUGUACACUCACGUUUUGUAUUCAUAUGCAUCUCACUGUAUACAAAAAGCCCUGUGGUGACUGUGCUUACAUUCAUUUCAUUAUGGUGACAUACUUAUCAGUACUUUCACCUGCUUAGUUGUUCGUGUUGUAUGCAAAUUUAACAUGUCAGCGUCCUCAGAAAUCAGUAGAUUUUAAUUAGAUGUGUUGUUCAUGUUCAUACUGUAAUGACUGUAACUAAACAAGAGAAGUGAUGAUAAUGUGCAGACCCUUAUAGGGUAACUGUAUGAGGUGUGAUAUAUUGUAGAAAGUGUAAAUAAUCUCAGUGAUCCCAGUGACAGAACUCUGCAGCAGCAUCUUAAACGACGCCUUAAGUUCUUCAUGUACGCAGCCUCUCAUAUGAAGGACUCUGAUUUUGGGUUAAUGGCCAGGACGUUUUGCUGUACAACAUGUCUGCCAGUGAUCACAGAUGAGGUUUUCCAUAACUGUAGUAAAUGAAGGAAAUGUGUGGAGGUUCUUGUUAGACAGCUGUAGGGCUGCAGCCAAUGGUUAUUUUCAUUGUUGAUUAUUUUUUCGAUGAAAUCUAUUAGUUGUUUGGUCUAUAAAGUGUCGAUCAGUGUUUCCCAAGGCCCAAGGUAAUGUCCUCAAAUGUCUUGCUUUGUCCACAAUCCAAACAUAUUCAGUGUACCGUCACAGAGGAGCAAAGAAACCAGAACAUAUUCACGUGUAAGAAACUGGAAUCAGAGACUUUUUAAAAAUUUUCUUAGAAAAUUACUCAAAUCAGUUAUUAUUAUUGAUUACCAAAUUAGUUGGUGAUUAAUUUGAUAGUUAACACGUUGCACCUCGAGGCUGCUGAGUCCAAUUGUGUUUUGACAUAGGCAAAACGCAGCUAAACAGGAAAAUAAAAUCAGCUGCUUUUUUGAUUCCCAUGUGACCUAAAAUGCUGUAAAAAAUAAGGUUGGCUUAAGAGACAUGGCGCAUAAUAAACAGGCAAAUUCAUCAUCUGGAUUAUAUGCUGAUGUAACUUUGUCAGGUUUUAAACAUACUAUAUCAUAAUGUCUGUAACUGGACAUAUUUUAUCAAUGGACAAUUUCUAAAGCGUUACUUUGUUUUUUUGCUUUGUCAUGAGGUUGGAUGUGUGCUGUGCUCAUUUGGGAUCAGUUAGAUAGAAAAACAGUUUUAGAUUUUAAUGAACAAAACAUCUGGAUCAUAUUAGUAGAUCAACAAUCCUUUGUAUUUCAACGCAUGCCUUAUAAAUUGUGUGUACACCAGUUUUUCCCUAUGGUCAGUUGCUUCUGACACAGUGGAGAUCAGAUGCUCAUGUUUACCAGUUUUAGACCUUUGUGGAUGCUGCCUCUGUUCUGCUGGGUUAAAAUGACUGUAUAGUUUAUGGGAAGGAACUUUCCUUGAAGUGGGAACCUUGUGUUGUGCUUUAGGGUUCCUGCGUACCAGCAGAUGUGAAUCACUCCCUAGCUGUGUUAAACUGUAUUAGUCCAUUCUGCGUCAAGCUGCACUAAUGACUGAACUAAUAUUAGGGAUCAGAAAUAACAACAAAUUAGUACAAUGUUGUGGGGAGAUUUUUUGUUGCCUUGUGUUUUAUACAGGACAGAUGAUAUACUUUAUUUUCCAGGUACUUAUUUAUAAGUAGUGACUUUAACUAAAUACCAACAGUUACACAGUAUGUUGUCAUUUUAACUGCCAUAAAUUCCUUAAUGUUUUGACAUAUCAUCAAGAGUCCAUUCCUAAAUCACGUCGUUUUUCCAACAUCUUCAACCCCACUGUUUCAAGAUGAGGUUUACGCUACCCAGCUGCUUCCAUGUCAGUCAUAGAGAGGUGGAGUCUCCUCACUUCUGCUGGACCACCAUGGCAUUUUUAAGGGGAAAAAAUACGUUCAGUAGUGAAGGACAGUUUCUACAAUGAUAAAAUAGAAAAGACCUGUAGAGUUUAAUUUUGAAUGUAAAGGUGCAGCCAUUGAAAAACCUUUGUUUUGACUUAAUAAUGGCAUACAUGAAAAGGCAUUUACAGAAUAUAUAUGGAGCAUUAAGAAUAACAAGAGGAAUAUAGAUUACAGAACCCUAUGAGCAAAAGCAUUUAGGUGUUAUCAAACUUCAUUAAGCUUAUUCAAGUAAACUAUUUAAAACAAAAAUACCUUUUUACACUAAAGACUCACUGAAGAUUCCUUAAGAUGGUAAAGUACAGUCUUUUCAUGUUUAUUUCCUUAUAAAAAAAAAACAGUGUGAUUUCUUGGAAACUUGACUUUGAUUUGCAAAUUCUUGUUCCUUUUAUUUCACUAGAUGAAGACUGUAUGAAGUAUUCCGAACAACAUCUCAGUCCUUUAACAAGUAACUUUUCCUUUUGAGGAACACAAAUUAAAGAAACAGUGAAUCAAUUCAGUUAUUUCCAAUGAGUUGAUAUUAUCAUCUCAAUUUUCAAAUAAUUUCACAUCCUAAAUAGUGUUGAUUAUGUUAACUUAUUUUUUAUUUAUAUUAUGAUCAUAUUAAAUCUGCGCCUGGCCAUAAUGUUUCAAAGUAACUAUAAAAAUGCAGGAGUGCUGGUGACAAAUUCAUGGAAACACUUCAACACUGAGAGUGUCCACAGCAGUUAAUGAACAUGGACACUCAUUUAUAUCAAAGUGUCUUUUGUCUGCCUGUCUGUCUCCCUUUGGUCAGUGUCACAGGGGAAACAUGGUACCAGAUUUGUAUCAUGUCGUUUUAUUUUCAAAGUUGCUGUAAGUUGUUGUGGGUUUUGUUGUCUGACACUGCUGCUUUGUUAUGUCUGAAAGCUUCGUAUGCCUGUUUGUGUAAAAAGUCCCAUUUUUGAACCAGAGUUCUGUUUACCUGGAGAUGAAAUGUUUUUUUAUUUUUUUUAUAAAUUGGAUUAACUUUUGUUGAUUUCAUUUGAUUGAAUUUUUAUUUUAUUCUGAACUGUUGAACAAAUUUGUGAAAGAUUUAAAUGAUCAUAGACUUUAUUGAUGAUAGAGAAUAAAAAUUGUUUUUAUUACCACUA